AUCUAAGCAACAUAACAAUCGAAACAGAAAAAAAACUAAUGUGAUUUAAUUGUGGAAACUUUUUAAUUCUUUUGGUCCAAGACUCGUUCAACUUUCUUGAUAUUUCCUGUUAUUCGUCAUCUUCCUCUUCUUCAUUUUCUUCUUCCUCAUCAUGUUACAUGGGACAUUGAAUUGUGUUUAUCUUUCGAGUCUCAAUCAAACCUCAUCUUCGUCUUCACCUUUACCUUUACCUUCACCUCCAUCAUCGUCUUCUUCAUACACUUCUUCAUAUACUUUAUCAUCUCCAUCGUUUUUAUCUUCAUCUUUUUCACCAUCAAUCAUGUCCAAUUGUCCGAGUCCUUCGUCCCUCUCGACAUCUUCAUCAUCUCCAUAUGAUCCAUUGGAAUCACUUUGGCCCAAACACAUCGACGACGAGGUUUCCAAUCUCGCACUCGAAGCUUGUCAUCAAGAAGUUAAACGAGUCUCAGAGAAUCUCCGAAUAUCACCAGAUCCAUUCACUUGGACUGUCAACGAUGUCAUUUCAUGGUUAUCAUGGCAAAUUGAACAAUUCGGAUUACCAAUGUUUCCACUUAAUUAUUUUCACAUGGAUGGGAUGAGUUUGUGUUCCUUAUCUGAAUCAGAUUUCAAGGAACAAGCUCAAGUUUGUGGUGAUUUACUUUAUGCUCAACUAGAGAUUUGGAAAACACUAAGUGAACAAGAAGCCGGCAAAAGAUCGGACGUUAUGUUUACAAGUGAUUAUUAUGGUUCCGAGGGAAUUCAAAGUGAUGAUGAAUUAAGCCAAGAUGGAGCUUGUGAAGUUUCGUCUCCCAUUUCAAUGUCACCUUCUUCUGUUUCCUCUUCCACCUCCCACUCUCCCAUUUACUCUCCUUUCUCCUCUGCUCCUUCACCUCUCUCAUCUCCAUCUCUAUCUCCUUCUCCCUCUUGUUCUCCAUCCACAUCCAUCUCUUCUUCUUCUUCAUCUUCUUCGUCUUCGUCUUCUCUCCCACCACCAACAUCAAUUGUCUCCGGAAACACUUCACUCCCUCAAUCUUCCAAUCGAAACACAUCCGGUUCUCAUAUUCACCUAUGGCAAUUUCUCAAGGAGCUUCUUGGUCAAUCUCAACAAUUUGGUUCGUGUAUUCGUUGGAUCGAUCGAAGCAAAGGAAUUUUCAAGAUCGAAGAUUCCGUCAAAGUGGCCAAGUUAUGGGGUCGACGCAAGAAUCGACCUGCAAUGAACUACGAUAAACUCUCCAGGUCAAUUCGACAAUAUUACAAAAAGGGAAUAAUGAAGAAAACGGAAAGAAGUCAAAGGCUCGUUUAUCAAUUCUGUCAACCUUAUUGUUUCUAAUUCUCUUUUUUCCCAAUCGACAAUCAACAAUCAACGAGCAAUGACCAACAAUUAACCACAAACAACAAUCAACCCACCUCAACGUGUAUUAUAAGUAAAUCAGAAUAACGAAAGUGAUUCAUCUUAAUUAGGCUGGAUUCUAAUUAACUAAUCACUUGGUAACUGUUGACACUUUUAGUGUCUUAUUCAUCUUAAUCAUCUUAAUCAUCACCACCAUCACCAUCACCACCAACAUCAUCAUCAUCUUAAAAUCAUCAACAAUCGAAGGUAUUAUUCGUAAUUGUUAAAUGAAAAAACCAUUCAAUUAAUCAUAAUUCAUUUCCAUCAUUAGACUAAUCAAAAUAAUCACAAUCAUCAUUACUCUUACCAGAGAAUCAGUUGAUAUUAAUAAUUAUCUUUCUGGUUAAUUGUUAUCUCUCUGGUUACAAUUACAAUCAUUAUCCCCAAGAGAUAUGAUAAAAUUACCAAAACCAAAACCCAAACUUCCCCCUUUCUUAUCAACUGUUGAUUAAUUAAUCUGAUUAAUCAACACAAUUAAAAAUCCAUCGCCAUCUAUUGUUAUAGAUAUAGGAAUACAUCAUUGUAGCCACUGAGUAUUUCACUAAAUGGGUAGAGAUGAAAGCUCUGGCAAAGAAAGACGCAAAAAGUACCUCUAAAUUUCUAAUUGAAAAUAUAUUGUGUCGACAUGGUUGCCCCAAGUCAAUCCAUUCGUUUGAGGGUGGUAAGCGGUUGAAAGUUGCCACUUCGCAUUCAUGAAGUUUCCUACUUCUUGAACCGUUUCACCUAUGAAGUUUCGUCCCUGAUCACUCAGGAUUGACUUGGGGCAACCAUGUCGACACAAUAUAUUUUCAAUUAGAAAUUUAGAGGUACUUUUUGCGUCUUUCUUUGCCAGAGCUUUCAUCUCUACCCAUUUAGUGAAAUACUCAGUGGCUACAAUGAUGUAUUCCUUGUCCGAUGAACGAGGGAGAGGUCCCAAUAUAUCGAUCCCAAUCUUUUCGAUACAGUCUAAUGAAGCAAAAUGAUUCUCAUCUUCAUCUUCAUAAUUUUCAUAAUCAUCCCAAUCACAAUCACAAUUACAAUUUACUAAUCAUCCAGUUAAAUUAUCAAAGAGUUACUUUAAUGAUUUAACUUCACCAAUCGAUCAAUUGAUCAAUUUAAUUUCAUCUAAUUUUUUUUUCACUUAAAUUGAAAUCAUGUUACAAUUUAACGAAUAUUUAUCAACAUUUAGCUCAAUUGAAUAAUUUUAAUUCUUAAUCAUUUGUGACUAAUGAUUAAUCAAGAAAAGUUUCUUAUUCUUAAAGUACCUCAAUAGUAAUGAUAUUAACAAUUAACAAUCAAACUAUUGGAUUAACACGCAAUCUAAUAUUUGCUAUUUGAUUAUUACAAUCAAAUGAAGAUCAUGUAUCGUGAUUUUCAUUCAAGUUAAUUUAUCAAGUUAAUUGUUACCAUUACAAUUAAACAAACCAUGAGAUUAAUUUAGUUUUACUCAACUUUUAUAUUCAAAGACUAAACUUUUCUUGAAGUAAAUUAAAUUUACAAUUACAAUUAAGAAUUAAAAUUGAGCUGAAUGAGAUGAACACAUUCCCAUAUAUCAAUGAUAUAUCCACUUAAAUGUAUGUUCUGUGAACAUUAAACAUUCAUUGAAUAGAAAAGUUAAUCAACUAUUUCUUAACUGUUGAUUACUGAUAGAAUUAGUUUUCGUGUUUACAUGUAAAUAAGAUCGACGAGAGAAACUCGCCUUUAAGCCCAUGUCGAUAUUUUGUUGGAGGCUCUGCUCUCAUUCACCAUCUUUUACAAUGUACUUGUAGUUUGUGAGCUUAGAGAUUCAGCAAACUCAACUAAAAGGGCUUAAGCGAGUGCACUCACUUACAAGCACCGUUCUUAUUUGCACGUAAACAUGGUAAUUGUAUUAACUAAUCGACUUUUCAUUCAAUCCAAGGGAUACGAACUUUCUUAUCUCAACUAAUCCAUCGUAUCCUUAAUCUCCUUUGAUUUCGUUUCCUUUCCCUUUUCCUUUCAUCUUUCCUUUAAUCGCUUAAUCUCUGCACUUAUUGACCCUUCUAAUACUUGUUAUUAUCUAAAUUCAGUUAAUUAGUUACAAUCAAAUAGAUAAUUUAAUCCAAUAGCUAAUCACUGCCUUCUAUCCCUAAAUCAAUGUUUCCUUCAUAUUAUCAAAUUAAUUGUUUCAAAAUGAUCAACAAUUUAUUUCUCUGGGUCCAAUGGCAAUCACUUUAUUAUUAAAUUCAUUUCAAUUUAUCAUCACAAUUUCAAUCAAUUGAUCACAAAUUAAAAACCACAAACUCUUAUUUCUGGGAUUAUCAAAGUGGUAAAAACUUUAUAAUCAAUAAUCAACAAUCAACAAUCAUAAUCAUAACCAUCGCCAUCAUCUAAUAUCAUGUAAUCAUAUCCAUCAAUGUAUCAUUUUUAUUGAUCAAUUUUAAAUUGUAAAAAUAUCAAACUCAUGCGAUCUAAUUAACUACUAACAAGUUACCAAUCUCUUAUUAGUAAUUAAUAACCACAAUUAUAUUCAUAAUCAACUGUUCAGGGAAAAUGUAAAACAAUUUAAAACGUUAGAUACUUUGUCAGUUAAUAAUGAUAAUCAUCAUCAUCAUCAUCAUCAUCAUCAACAACAACAAUUAACAAUUGAAAGAAAAUUGUUAUUAAUCUGAAAAUGUUAACUAACGUAAUCAAAGUUAAUUAAUUUCGCUGUAUUUGAUAUUUACUAUUGAAAGUAUUGCAUCACAACAAAUCACCAAUAAUCAAUCAACUAAUUAAUCAACAACAAUACAUCACAUGAAUGACCAAUCGAUUGAUAAAUUGAUCAAUUUAUCAUUAACCAUUAAUCAUCAAUCAUUAUUGUUUAAUUUUCUAACAAAUAAAAACUUCAAUUAAAAGCUCAA